AUGGCCUCAGAAGAAUACCCUACAAGCGUCUCUGGCGGAUGUCUCUGUAGCUCAGUUCGUUACACGCUGACAUUUCCAUCUGGCCAUGACUGGAAGAGAAGCUGUUCAACCUGCCAAUGCUCCCAGUGCCGUAAGAAUGGCGGCUCUCUCAUUGCAUGGCUUCAUUCAGUCCCUGCUUCCAGCGUAGAGUUCACCUCUCAGACGACGCUAUCGCGAUACCACGCCUCACCGGAAGCAGCACGGGGCUUCUGUUCCAAUUGCGGCAGCUGGCUCUUCUGGCGCAAUGAAAAGUCGGAAAAGAUUAGCAUGUCUGUUGGAACGUUCGACAAAGACGGCCUGAAAACCUGGGGCCGGCAGUUAUCCUAUUCGGAGGUCCAUCUUUGGUCUGAGGAUGCGAUCGAGGGUAUCACGGAUCAUUUGCCUGGAGAGAAAUGGAAGUAUGAUGAUCAAGGAGAAGGGGUUGAGAGGAUAGCAUGAGUGGCACCAUAAGCACGGUGUUUUCUCUAUAUGAUUAUAUUCUUCAUCGUGUGUUUGCUUUGGAAUAGUAUAGCCAGAAAUGGUACCAGGAGUCGUACUGGUAGUGGCAGUGGUAUCGUCGAGUAUUCCUUU